AUGAGUGCCUUUUCCACCAGAGAGCAGACACAAAAAUCCAGAGGCAAGCGGUGCCUUUAAUUGACCGACCGAAACGUCCAGCCAGGCUGUGCCUCGAAGGCAUCCCAUUACAGUGAAGUGAGCUAAGGAUCGGCGCUCGGCUAUAUAAACCAGCAGAAGCGGUUUGCGCUAACCACAGUUUGCCUUACACUGUCCAGCAUCUCUUUCUUUCUCUGGCUUGAAACAGAAAAGGAAGAACUUUUCUGCUGAAGGAGCGCAAGACGGAGGCGGCUUUGUUAAGCAUCCCUGGCGACUGGGACAAAGCAGGAUGCGAUAAAACAUAUCCAACGGCAAGGAGGAUCAUCAAGAGGACCGAGGCCUGAGCAGCAAGAGAACUUCUCUUCUGGACUGUGAACACAAGACAACGGCGAAAUUCUAAGAGGACUGUUGACAGAUCUGCACCUCAACAUGGGCCUCCCAACUUGGGUUUUGGCCUUGGUGGCCGUGUCUUUGUUCAAUCAACAUGUUAGUGGUGGACUCAUCAAAAGAAUCCUUCGACAGAAACGGGAAACUGGGGUCAACGUCACAUUGCCCGAGGACAACCAGCCGGUGGUUUUCAACCACGUCUACAACAUUAAUGUCCCUGGGGGCUCCCUAUGCGCCGUGGACUUAGAUCCAGCAAGUGGGGACUCGGAACUCAAAGCUCAUACUGAGCCAAGCAAACACUAUCAGGAGCAUACGUUGAAUGAGGAUAACCAGAUAGUCUUCACGCAUAGGAUAAACAUCCCUCGGCAGGCGUGUGGUUGUGCAGCAGCCCCUGAUAUCAAGGAUCUCUUAAGCCGUCUUGAAGAAUUGGAGGGACUGGUGUCUUCUCUGCGGGACCAGUGCACCAGCGGAGUUGGAUGUUGUCCCAAUGUCCAGACAGCAGAAGGUCUCCUUGAUGCCAAACCCUACUGCAGUGGGCGAGGAAACUACAGCAAUGAUAUCUGUGGCUGCGUCUGUGAAGCUGGCUGGAAAGGACCCAACUGCUCCGAACCAGAAUGUCCCUCGAAUUGCAAUGGCAGGGGGCUGUGUGUCAAUGGGAAGUGUGUUUGUGAUGAAGGCUACACUGGAGAGGACUGUGGGCAGAGAACGUGUCCGGGGGAUUGCAACGACCAAGGGAAAUGCGUUGAUGGCCGGUGCGUUUGCUUCGACAGCUAUGGCGGCGAGGACUGUAGCCUGGAGAUCUGCCUGGUGCCCUGCAGUGCGCAUGGGAAGUGCGUGAAUGGGCAGUGCAUCUGUGAUGAAGGCUUCAGCGGGGCGGACUGCAGCCAGCCCUUGUGCCUCAACAAUUGCAACAAUCGAGGACGGUGUGUGGAAGAGGAGUGUGUGUGCGAUGAAGGCUAUACCGGCGACGACUGCAGCGAACUCAUCUGUCCCAACGAUUGUUACGACCGAGGGCGUUGCAUCAACGGGACCUGCUACUGCGAAAUGGGGUUCACUGGAGAAGACUGCGGGGACGUUGCCUGCCCCAACAACUGCAAUGGCAAUGGGCGCUGCGAUAACGGGGUGUGCGUCUGUUUUGAAGGCUUCGUCGGAGAUCACUGUAGUGACCGGAGUUGUCCCAAGGAUUGCAACAAGCGCGGGCGUUGUAUUAAUGGGCAGUGCAUCUGCAGUGAAGGGUUCUUGGGCCUCGACUGUAGUGAGGUGAGGUGUCCCAAGGAUUGCAACAACCAGGGGCGUUGUGUCAACGGCCAAUGCAUAUGUGAUGAGAGGUUCAUGGGGGAGGAUUGCAGCGAGCUGAGGUGCUGGAACGAUUGCAACCAUCGGGGCCGGUGCAUCAACGGGCAGUGCGAAUGCAACGAGGGUUUCAUGGGGGACGACUGCAGCGAACUGAAGUGUCCCAAUGACUGCCACAACCGGGGCCGAUGCAUCAACGGGCAGUGUGUGUGCAACGAGGGCUUUGUGGGAGAGGACUGUGGGCAGGUGCGGUGUUCCAAUGACUGCCACAACCGGGGACGCUGUGUGGAUGGCAAAUGUGUGUGUGAUGACGCCUUCAUGGGCAUCGAUUGUGGCGAACUCCGGUGUCCCAACGACUGCAACGGCCACGGCGCCUGUAUCAACGGCCAGUGUGUUUGCGAUGAAGGUUUCACAGGCGAAGACUGUGCAGAACGGACCUGUCCCAAUGACUGCAACCGGCGCGGCUUGUGCGUCAACGGCACGUGCAUUUGCAACCAAGAGUUUGUAGGUGUCGACUGCGGAGAACUGGCUUGCAUCAACAACUGCAAUAACCGAGGCCGUUGUGUGAAUGGGCUGUGCGUGUGUGACGAAGGUUUCAUCGGUGUGGACUGUAGCCAACGACAGUGUCCCAGAGACUGCACCAACCGUGGCCAGUGUGUCAAUGGCGUGUGCAUAUGUCAUGAAGGAUACCAAGGGAUUGACUGCAGUGAACAGUCUUGUCCCAACAACUGCAACGAUCUGGGUCGCUGCGUCAACGGGCAUUGCUUCUGCGAUGAAGGCUAUGUCGGGGACGACUGUUCUGACGUAUCGCCUCCAAAGGAUCUGAAAGUUGUAGACGUGACAGAUAAGACAGUCAACUUGGAAUGGAAGAAUGAGAACGUUGUCACCGAGUACCUCAUAACUUACAUCCCUACCGGCAUCGGUGGCUUAGAAAUGCAGUUCAGGGUGCCUGGAAACAAGUCAUCAACCACCAUCCGGGAGCUGGAACCUGGUGUGGAAUAUUUCAUCCGUGUCUUCGCGGUCCUCAAGAAUAAGAAGAGCAUCCCCAUCAGUGCUCGAGUUGCUACUUAUUUGCCUGCACCCGAUGGCUUGAAGUUCAAAUCUGUCAAAGAGACAUCAGUAGAUGUGGAGUGGGACCCCGUGGACUUCCCAUUCAGUGGAUGGUUGAUUGAGUUCAACAACCUGAAAGAAGAAGACAACGGAGCAAUAAGAAGCAGUUUAGAAAGUCCAAGGACGUCCUACAUGCAAAUUGGCCUGGCUCCAGGGCAGCAAUACAACGUGUCGCUUUAUGUAGUGAAGAAUCAAACCAGGGGACCUGGUCUCUCCAAAAUAGUGACAACAAGACUUGAUGCUCCAAGCCAGAUUGAGGCCAAGGAUGUUACAGACACCACAGCCUUGAUCACAUGGUUCAAACCGUUGGCUGAGAUCGAUGGUGUUGAGUUGACUUAUGGGCCGAAGAGUUCUCCAGGGGACCGGACAUCGAUUGAUCUCUCAGAGGACGAAAGCCAGUUCUCCAUUGGAAACCUGAAGCCACACACAGAAUAUGAAGUGACGUUGACGUCCCGACGAGGGGAUAUGGAGAGUGAUCCUGUGACAGAAACCUUUGUCACAGAUCUGGACGCUCCAAGAAAUCUGAAACGCCUCUCCCAGACAGACAACACCAUCACCCUGGAGUGGAAGAACAGUGAGGCAACACCUGAAAUGUAUAGGAUCAAAUAUGCCCCCAUUUCUGGAGGAGAUCAUAUUGAAGUCACCGUGCCCAGAAGCAACCAAGCCACCACCAAAGCUACACUCACAGGUUUGAGGCCUGGAACAGAAUAUGGCAUUGGCGUGACAGCUGUGAAAGAGGACAAGGAAAGUGCUCCGGCUACCAUUAAUGCUGGAACUGAUUUAGAUAGUCCAAAGGAUUUGGAAGUCACAGAUCCUACCGAAACCACCCUCACCCUACGAUGGAAGCGACCCUUGGCCAAAAUCGACCGCUAUCGCCUUAGUUACCUGACACCUUCUGGGAGGAAGAACGAAAUAGAGAUUCCAGUAGACAGCACCUCUUACAUUCUAAGGUCAUUGGAUGCAGGUGUCGAGUAUACCAUCAACCUCGUGGCAGAGAAAGGAAGACACAAGAGCAAACCCUCAACCGUGACUGGCACUACUGAGGAGGAACCUGAGCUGGGGAAUCUAUCAGUCUCAAAAGUUCACUGGGAUGGAUUCCAGCUCACCUGGACCGCAGCUGACGGGGCCUAUGAGAGCUUUAUUAUCCAGGUGCGGGAACCCAACCUACCAGAAGAUGCAAGGAAUCUCACUAUUCCCGGUGGUUUACGGUCGGUGGACCUCACCGGCCUCCUACCAAACACUCUCUACACCAUCACCCUUUAUGGGGUCACUCAGGGAUACAGAACAAAACCUCUCCUGGUUGAAUCUACUACAGCCGCCAAACCAGACGUUGGUGAUCUAACGAUUUCGGGCAUCACCCCUGAAAGCUUCAACCUCUCCUGGACAGCCACCAACCAAGCCUUCGAGAUGUUUACCAUUGAGAUUAUUGAUUCCAACAGGUUGCUGGAACCCAAGGUGUAUAAUGUCUCUGGCAAUUUGAGAACGGCACAUAUCUCAGGGUUGUCCCCAAAAACCGAUUUCAUUGUCUACCUCUAUGGAGUCACUAAUGGUUUCCGGUCUCAGACACUGAGUGCUGCAGCUACUACAGUUGAACCACUGCUUAGCAAGUUGACCGUUUCAAAUGUUACCUUUGAUGGACUCUCGCUCCAAUGGAAAGCCCAGGACUUUGCCUUUGAUAAUUUUCUCUUAGAGGUUAGAAACACCAACAACCAGUCUCUGGACUCCCAGCUACACACAGUGCCAGGGAGCAUCCGGAGCUUUGUUCUCACCAAGCUAAGACCAAGCUCUAGUUAUCAUCUCCAGAUUCAUGGCUUGGUUGAUGGGCAAAGUAGCCAGACCUUGACAGCCCUGGCGACCACAGAGAUCGACCCACAGCCGGGCAUGCCCACAUUCACAAACGCUCAUGCCAACACCUCCAACCUCUCCUGGACUGCAAAGGAUGAGCCUCUCCCCAAGUUGGCUGUAAAUAUUAGAGAUCCUUAUCUAUCUCAAGAGCAUCUGGAGCUUCCUGCCUCAGAAGAAGCUCCUGAAACUCUCAUCUCAGGCUCGGUAGAUUACACUGACUAUGUUAACACUCAGGGCACAACCACAGGUGAGGGGCCGUCUGAUCCCCUCAUCUCUCUAGUCAUUAAAGAGGCUUUGCCCCAACUGGAAAACCUCACUGUCUCAAAUAUUAAUCCAUAUGGAUUUACAGUCUUUUGGACGGCAUCAAAUAAUGCCUUUGACAGCUUUCUAGUAAUCGUGGUGGAUUCCGGCAAACUGCUGGACCCCCAGGAGUUCAUUCUUCCGGGAACACAACGUCAGCUGACUCUUAGAGGUCUCAUUACUGGCAUUGGCUAUGAGGUUGUGCUUUAUGGCUUUGCUCAUGGUCGCCAAACAAGACCUUUAAGUGUUGUUGCUUUAACAGAAGCAGAACCAGAAGUGGACAACCUCUUGGUGUCCGAUGCUACGCCACAUGGCUUCCGUCUUUCUUGGACAGCAGACGACGGCGCCUUUGAUAGUUUUGUUCUUAAAAUCAGGGCUGCCAACAUGCUCUCAGACCCUCUGGAGCUCAUUGUGCCAGGCCAUGAACGCACCCAGGACAUAAUAGGGCUGAAGGAAGGCAUGGAGUAUUACAUUGAUCUCUAUGGAGUUACCAGUGGACGGCGUUCCCAACCCGUAAAUGCAAUAGCUACAACAGCCAUGGGAUCACCCAAGGAUAUCACGUUUUCCGAUAUCACUGAAAACUCAGCGAUGGUCAGCUGGACUGCUCCAGUGGCUCGUGUGGACAACUACCGGAUUACCUACGUUCCAGUAACAGGAGGUCCUCCCAGUUCUGUGACUGUAGAUGGAAACAAGAGCAGGACCAGACUAGCCAGGCUGAUCCCUGGUGUGGAGUACACUGUCAGCAUUAUCUCCGUCAAAGGAUUCGAGGAAAGUGAACCUGUUUCUGGAUCCUUCAUUACAGCUCUGGAUAGCCCUUCAGGACUAAAGGCUGUAAACAUAACCGAAUCUGAAGCAUUGGCUGUCUGGCAACCAGCAAUAGCUGCAGUAGAUGAAUAUGUGAUUUCCUACAUUACUGAUGGUGCACCGGAAGUGACGCAGAGCGUCUCUGGAAAUACUGUGGAAUAUGAUCUCUUUGACCUCCGUCCAGCCUCUGAGUACACACUCAGGAUUUACGCCAUUAAGGACUCACAGAAAAGUCGAAUCAUCUCCACCAAGUUUACUACAGCUCUUGAUGCUCCAAAGGACCUGACCACCACUGAUGUCCAGUCCGAAACAGCCCUGGUGAAAUGGAAGCCUCCCCGUGCUCCAGUCACAGGCUACCUCCUCACCUAUGAGUCCAUUGAUGGUAGGCUCAAGGAGGUGAUCCUGGGACCUGAAUCCACAUCCUACGGAUUGUCAGACCUAAGUCCAUCCACACAGUACAUUGUGAAGUUGCAGGCAUUGAACCUGAACCUGAGAAGCAAGAUCAUCCAAGCGGUCUUCACCACAACCGGGCUCCUGUAUCCUUACCCCAGGGAUUGUUCCCAAGCUCUACUGAAUGGAGAGACAACCUCUGGCCUCUACACCAUUUAUUUAAAUGGUGACCAGUCUCAGCCAGUAGAAGUUUACUGUGACAUGACUUCUGAUGGUGGAGGAUGGAUUGUGUUUUUAAGAAGGCAGAACGGAGCAGAGGAUUUCUACAGAAACUGGAGGACAUAUGAGGCUGGCUUUGGUGACCCCAAGGGUGAAUUCUGGAUGGGUCUGGAUAAGCUGCACAAGAUCACUUCCGCAGCCCAGUACGAAUUGCGUGUGGAUCUGCGGGAUCACGGAGAGACUGCCUAUGCUCUCUAUGAAAAGUUCACUGUGGGAGAUUCCAGGACUCGCUACCGGCUCAAAGUUGAUGGAUACAGUGGCACAGCAGGUGAUUCCAUGACGUACCAUAAUGGAAGGUCCUUCUCGACCUAUGACAAAGACAACGAUUCGGCCAUCACAAACUGCGCGCUAUCGUACAAAGGAGCUUUCUGGUACAAAAACUGCCACCGGGUCAACCUGAUGGGGAGAUAUGGGGACAACAGCCACAGCCAGGGCGUCAACUGGUUCCACUGGAAAGGCCACGAAUAUUCCAUCCAAUUUGCCGAGAUGAAACUGAGGCCCUACAGCUUCCGCAACCUGGAAGGGAGGCGGAAAAGAGCAUAGACCACGCUCCGGAGUCCAAGAGAGAGAUGAAAAUUGAACUGGGGAGAAAGUUUGUUUUGUUUCUUCCCGGAUUAUUGGGGAAGGGAAAUUAGCAGCGAGGAUGGGUCCUUUACCAAAGCAUUGGUGCCGCUCAACCUAACCUUGGCUCCUUUGACCGUGUUUUUUAAAAUAAGGGAGGGAUCGUGGGUGGGAAAGCCUUCUUCGAACCAUAGCAUGCUCAAUGGGGCACCCUUCUUCUGUACAUAAAUGGCACCAAAGAUGACGAUCCAGAGGGAGAUUUGGGGAGGCAAUUUUCUAUAAUGUCUCCCUCCGAAACUCUUUGGUCGACAUCAGGGCCGGCCCUAGGUAAUUUUCAAGUGUAAGCAAACAGUAUUUUUCCGCCCCACCCCCAGAUGAAUCAGGAUGGCUGGCCCUGGCACCUCAACAACGGCCCUAGCGGAUGUUGCGCCACCCGCAGUUGCUUAUAGCUUCAGCCGCCCCUGGUCGAUAUAAAUCAGUGGUUCCCAAACUUAUUUGGCCUGCCGCCCCCUUUCCAGACAAAAUAUGGCUCAGUGCUCGCUGGAAAGGGGGCGUGGCUUAGAGGGGUGGGCGUGGCUUCUUCUCAAGGGGGCGGGGCUGAGCCUCUCCCCUAGUCCAAGAUGCAGGGCUGCGAGGAGGAGGUGGGAGGGGCCACAAAUGGGCAGCCAGGACUGGGAUGGGCGGAGUUAUGAGCUCUGAGGUAGGGCUGAGCUUCUAUCCCUGUCCUGCGGUGCCUGCCAAGACACAGGGGGCGGGACUAAAGGAGGGGGCGUGGCCUCUAUACCCUGCCCCAUGUUCUAACAAGCACCUCAGGGGAGGUCUACAGAGACUUUUGGGAAGAGGCCCCGCCCACGCCCCAGCCCCGCCCUUUAGUCCUAAAAGUCCUCUCAGGAGAGGUAUAGAUGCUCAGCCCUGUCUCAGGCAAUUGGAAGGAGACCCCGCCCCCAUCCCUAGCCCCGCCCUUUAGUCCUAAAAGGCCUCUCAGGAGAGGUAUAGAUGCUCAGCCCUGUCUUGGGCUCUUGGGAAGAAGCCACGCCCGCUCCUCUAGCUCCGCCCCCUGUGUCCUAGCAGGUGCCUCAGGGACUCAGCCCUGUCUCUGGCACUUAGGAAGAGGCCCCGCCCUUCCCCUGGCCCCGCCCCCGUGUCCUAAUAGGUAGCACCCACUUUGGGAAUCACUGAUAUAAAUCUUUGGGCAAGGGCUCUUUAAGAGCAGUGAUGUGGAAAACAAACUUUGCUUAUCUUUUUCCCGUUCAGAAACAUGUCACUUUCUCAUCAGCAUUGUUAGCCAUACUUCAGCUUGAGCUGGUCAUCUCUAUGUUUAUUUUUUGUUCUUCCUUUCCAACCAUAUAUGCGUAUAUAUGGCGGAAAAAGCGGGCACGAAGACAAGCCAUCCCGUUUCCACAUUUUUCUGCCCAAAAUUAAUAUUAUUAAUAUAAUGGGGAAAUAAUAAGGUUGACAGUAAUAAGCUAAAAUUUGGUCAAGAAAGAGAAAAACCCAUGCUUUCCAAAAGACAACAGGGCAGUGUCUGAUUGUAAAUGUUUUUAAAGAAGCAGAAUUGAAUAAAAGCACAAUUUUACUUUUA